AUGGCGCUCUGGUCGCUGCGAUCUGCGUUCGUCCUCGCUGUGCUGCCCUCUCUCUCCUGCAGCGCCAUCGCGGGUCGUCAUCUGCUCCAAACCUCCAACACACGCUACCAAUCCUCAUCGACGCUUUUCUCGGGAUUUUUUUUUAAUGCCUCGUGCACCCUGGAUGCUAACGUCACGGCCACUGACCAAACCAGCUCGAUCGAACAGCACCAGAUCCCUUGUGGCCGAGUUUCUGUGCUCAACAUAUAUACGAGUAGCGGCCGGCACCUGGACCUGCACCGCCAGCACAACGGUUACACUUAA